CAAAUCAUUUGUUGAUGUUGACUUUCAAUUGAACCUCCAUUAACCAGCGACCACAGCUCCAUUUCACCACCAUACCUACCCCACAACAACCUUACUUCGACACCCCGCGUUACACAAACAGCUGCCACCGACACCGACGCAUCUGACGACCUCUUUCUCACCGAGUUCCCCAGUAAGGUAUUGCACAUAGCACAACCCAUUCCCACCGCCCAUCAUGGCAGAUUACGAUGCCAACGGAAAGCGAUCCACCUCGCGCACACGCAACUCUCGUCCCACAACCCCCAUGCGCCCGACCACGCCCCUGCGCCCUUCCUCGCGAUCCUCCUUUCGCGAAUCCGCCAGAGACAGCGUCCACGGCGGCGGCGAGUCGUUCCCACUCAAUACCUUUGAGCCCGCCUUUGCAGAGCUCUCAGACGCCAUGGCCGACCUCGAGGCCAACAUGAUGCACUUCCAGCUGAUGCACGAGAGUCUGGCCCGCUUCAGCGAGUCGUUUGCGAGUUUCAUGUACGGCUUGAACAUGAACGCCUUUUGCGUGGAUUUCCAAGAGGGUCCCGUUCCAGAGUCCUUCAAAAGGGCAAAGCUGCAAGAAGAGAUGAACACAGCCGCAGGAUCAGGUAUUCCUCGUGAAUUUGAAAAGCCUAGCAAUGAUUUUGACGGCGAGACGACUUUCAUGACCACCGACGUUUCGUUCGUCGAGAACCCACCCGCAUCCUCCAAACCAACCCCGAAAUACAAGACCCCCAGCACGGCUACUAGAGGUUCCCGCGUGCCGGCACCUGCUACACGUGGAGGCACAACGCGCGGUCGCGCGGGAGGCCGCGGAGGCUCCGAGACAACGAGAGGUCGGGGUACUGGUAUCGUCAGACCACGCGGUCGUGGCGUCCGAUGAAAGUUCUUCAACAAACGCCCUCUGUGGAACUUUACUACUAGCAACAUCGCCGCCGCUUACUUGUCCCACGCUCCGAGCCCUCGGAAGCUGGGUCUCAACUUCCCGACCACGGCCCUUCAUGGUGCUGUAACGAGAAAGGGGUGAUGGAAAGUCCAGUACAUUAUGUCGUGAAAGGGUAUCAUCUAGCGUCUACUCUGGAGCCACGGUAGACUUAUUG